AUGAAAGAUAUCUUAAGAACUUCUUAUUCUUACUUGAAAAGAAAAAUUAGCCCUUCCUCCAUACCACUUUUUCCGAAAUCUACAAUCUUCAGUGUAUUCAGGAAAUCAAAAGCAGUCGAAUCUUUGGACACUAUUCGAAAUCCUCCAGCGACAUCGCAGUUUGCAUUAAAAAAUGCUUAUAUACCACUCACCCGUAGGGCGCUUGUUCGAGAACUGUUACAGGAUAGUAGUACAGUAUUACCAUUCGAAAGAAAAAGCUUCGAGAAAAUAGCUGUCUUUCUUGAUAGAAAGCUUGAAAGUCAGUUUCAAAUUCUUCAGAGUGAAUUUUCGGUUCUAUCACAUCCUCUUGAUGUUUCAAAUAAUUCAGAAGGGACCAGUUCGUCUUCUGUUGAUACAGCUAAUAAUGCGAAUGAACUUGACCAAGAAUUCUGGCUUCUUCGUCGGUUAGCAGAUAUUGCUCCUAUAGCUGGCUUUAUUGAAAUACCUCAACAACAAUUACAAAAAGCGUGCAACUCAAUUAAAUCAAAACAUCAUGGUUUAAUAGCUUAUGUCGAUCCGGACGAUUAUGAUGUACUUCGUUUUUGGAUUCGUGGAUUUCAUCCAAAUUUUAAUGCUACUCCAGCUUGUUCUACUAUUUCCAAUUUGACUGAUUCCAUAUCGACCCACUAUGAACGUAAACAAGGCACAUUUAAAAAAGUAUUCAUACGAAUUUCUCAACUGUUUAAUAUAUUGGAACGAUCAAUAAAACGUAGUUAUUCUCCAAAUAUACAUGGUUAUGAAUCAGUGGAUUCAUUCACUACUAAAUCGGAUGGAUUUUAUUUCAGUCGAGUAUUAAUGUGUGUUCGAAGAAAAAAUAGUCAUAAUUUAGACUUGAAACUGUUCGAAAAUGUACCUGUUACAGGCAUUGUACGUAACUCAACUUUUGCUGAUAAUCUCUUAUAUCUUUUACCAAAUUUACGUACAAUUCCAUUAAGUAAAAGUUCACGUUCAGCUAUUUUAUUAAGUACAACUACAGCUGUAUGUUGUUUAGGUGUAAUUAGUCCUAUCGCUUGGUUAUUUAAUUCAAAUAAUUAUGAUUUAGUAUUAGCUUGGUCUAUGGCUGCAACUUCUUGUGCUAUUACUACACUAUCGAUUGUAUGGGUUCGUUAUUGGCGUGCACAAACUAAUUUAGCUAAUAACUUAAAGUAUAUGCAAUAUCUUUGUUGUCAAAGUUCUGGACUACAAUCAAUCAAUACUUUGUUGAAACUGGCGCAUGAACAAGAAUUUAAAGCAGCUUUACUUACAUAUGCUUUAUUGUUAAGACCUACUGACAGCAAUACUGCCUUAACUCCUGUACAGUUGGGUUUUCGCGCUGAAUCUUGGAUUGCUAAACACUUAUCACCUCAAUCUCAUAUUUCAUUACCAUCUUCAAUUGGUGCACCAAUCACAGGUGAUUCUCUUAAUUCACUAUUCAAUGGUGGCUCUGGUCCAUUAUUCGACUUAUCAUUUGAUGCAAAUAGAUCUUUACAAAUACUACGACGUUUAGAUUUAGUUCGUGGAUCGGAAUCAUCACCAAAUGCAGUUAGUCCUGAUACAGCAUCUGUAGAUAUUCCAAAUGAUGGUUUAUCUAAUUCAAUUGGAUUAGAUCGUCUCUGGGUGACGGAUCCAUUGUUUAAAGAAUCAGAUUUAAAUUUGUCAAAAUCAAAUUAAUGUUAAGUUUCAUAGAAUC